CGCACGAAACGGUAAUCUAAUCAUAUUCUCUUUAUUCGUAGAAUUGCUGUAGUUUGUGGUAGUAGGUUAGGCAUGUCUACCGCUACAGAUAAAAGUGAAAUGUUUAUGUGGGAAAAUGACACGUCUCUCACUCUUCACCAAAUGCGGGACUUCGUACUCGGAGCUAUGAGCCGCCCGCAUAUAACUGUACUGGUACCACGACGCAAUGUAAAAGUACCGCACGCCAAAUCGAAGAAACUGCAACUCCUACAGUCAAAGCCCCGUGACAUUAACGCCAGUCCCUUCCUAUUGAUGGUGGCGCCACCUAGCGACUGCAGAUACCAAAACUACAUCAAGACCUUUCGAGAUAAACGAUGCGUCACCCAACACAGACGUAACUUACAGCACGAACAUCAGAACCACCAGCGAGCUACUACACAGCACGUGCACAGUGUUAUGGGUCCCAACCAAGCCUGGUUAAACAGCCAGCCUCUUGGAAACACACAGCAAGUACCAGGGAUGGAUUAUUAUCAACAAAUCUCAACUAUUGCUGCCAUGGCUUGGUCAGACUGUUCACAAGCCACCGAAAAACUGAGGAGGAUUUACGAACAAACUUCAAUUUUAAGUCGGGAUCCUUUUACAAUGAUUGCAUCGUAUGGUUCGCCUUACGUUUCGGCGCCCGUUCAAACGGAAGCGAAAAAGAAUUUGGAAUUCCAACAGCAUGUCCCGCUUCAGUCGAUGCCAAAGCGUUCUGUUGGAAACGGAAUUUUGAAACCACGAAACCGCGACGGUUAUUGGGAGAUACCAUCUGUUUACUGCGCAUGCGCAGUGUGUGAAAUGACAAAGCGGACAAAAUCAAAUAUGACGUCACAAAGGACAAAUGCUGAUGUGCCGAAAGCACUUAUGACGUACGUAAGCGCGAAACAACGCGAUAAUCGAACAAUUGACCAACAAUGCGCUACCUCUGUGACGUCACACCACCGCGGCAAGCGAGUUCAUUCACCCGACGACGGCAUUGUGAUGCAACUUCCGCCUCGAAAGCAAGCAAAGCACGAAAACUACCCGCCAAGUAUAAUGCAAACUUAUGACCAACAACACCAUAUGCUGCACCAACACCCAGAGCCAGUGCGUACCAGCGACGCUAUAUUAUCCUACCUCAAAUCUAGCAACAAACAGCCGUCUUCCACCAGCGCUUAUUUAAACCACGACAUAUUCCUUCAACCCUCUCUUCAAAUUCCCAGCACGUCGUAUAUGACGUCAUCAAACGGUGACGUCAUCAACGCUAGCGACUUAAUGGCGACGCCGUCGUUUGAGAACCGAUGUUUUAGCAGCGCCCAACCGAACACGGGUUUGUUCAACGGUUUUUCGUCAUACCUCGCCCCCCAAAUUCUUAAUGCCCUUGAGUAAUCAAGAUUGCCGCCAUUAACGCUCCCAUAGAGUCAACGGCCACCAUGUUCGCUCUUAUUGUACGCAUCGAUCCCUUGACACAAGUGAAACACGACAACGGAUAAGCCCGUCCGCCCACAAUGUUUAUAAGUCUUGUUCGACAUGGAUUUCCUAAUUCUCCCAUAAAAAGGACCUCUAUUUUCCCAGGAUUUCCCUUUCUAGCAAUUGAGGCGUACGUGUGGCCGAAUAAAAGCAUCGCCCAAAAGAGCCCACUUUUUCUAGUUCCGUGGUUUAUUUCGCAAUUUAAAGUAAUUUAUGAACAGUGUUAUUUCGCACCGUACUGUACACCUUUGUAUGUUUUGCUAUCCCCUUAUCGAACGCAUAUUAUUUAUACCGCCAUGCCCACUACAAAUAAACACAAGGAAAAUUGUCUCUGCGGACAGAAA